AAACAUGCACUAAAUGGGGAUAAUAACUAGCCGGUCAUUAUAUUCGCAAAACACGAUAAUGUCGUAUCGAUCCAAGAAAUCACACAGAAACCACUACCAGAGAACGAUCUGGACUCUGAAAAAAAUCCCACAAAAAAUAUAAAAAACAAAACAAAACAAUCAAAUCCAAUCAAAUCGGAAUAAACACAAACACACUUCGUCUUCUCCAUCUUCUCCUCUUUCUAACAACCCAACAACAACCUUGUACUGUUCUUAACUGCUUAUAAGUUCAAUCACUUUUAGCAGUUUCCCAUAAUGUUGUCUCCACCGACAGCCUGACACCCAGACUAGACUAGACUAGACCUGUACUGUUUGAGCGAGAUUUUACUGGCUAUGUGAAUGAGAUUACAAGAAGUCAAACAUGAUGAAAUUUAAAGAAAUUAAGCAUCUAAACUUUGAGAAAAGAUGGACAUUCACAUUAGCCAUAGGUUCAAUCAUAUCAAUCUUCCUAUUUGCAGCAUGUUUCAAUUUGGGUACAGUAUCUUCACUAUACAAAAUCAAUUCAUUUUUCCCAAAAUUCGGCGAUAAAACGACCGAUUUUGCUGACCAAAAGACCCAAUCUCCACCCCCUCCGCCUCGUCCGACUGUUCCUCGGUUUGCGUAUCUGGUUUCCGGAUCGAAAGGGGAUUUAAACAAGCUGUGGAGGACGGUUAGAGCGUUAUACCAUCCGUGGAACUAUUAUGUUCUUCAUCUUGAUCUUGAAUCGCCGGUUGAGGAGCGAAAGGAGCUCGCUUCACGGGUUGAAAACGAUCCUGUUUUUGCCGCGGUUGGGAAUGUUUAUGUGGUUCCGAAAGCGAAUAUGGUUACAUAUACCGGACCCACAAUGGUGUCAAACACUCUUCAUGCUUGUGCUAUUCUUCUUAAGAAGUUUAAGGAUUGGGAUUGGUUUAUAAACCUCAGUGCCUCGGAUUAUCCUCUCGUGACUCAAGACGAUCUUCUUUUCACAUUUCGUGAUUUGAAGCGCGAUUUGAAUUUUAUCGAACACACGAGCAAGUUAGGGUGGAAAGAGAGCAAAAGGGCUAUGCCACUGAUGAUUGACCCUGGACUAUACCAGAACAGAAAGUCAGAUAUAUUUUGGGUACAACCAAGACGUGCUCUGCCCACAGCAUUUAAACUGUUUACAGGGUCGGCAUGGAUGAUUCUAUCGCGUUCAUUUGUCGAAUAUUGCAUCUGGGGUUGGGACAAUCUUCCAAGAACUCUACUCAUGUAUUACACAAACUUUGUCUCAUCACCCGAAGGUUACUUUCAAACGGUUAUUUGCAAUGCACCUGAAUUCGUCCCGACCGUGGUUAACCACGACAUGCACUUUAUUGCGUGGGACACCCCUCCAAAACAACAUCCGCAUGUCCUUAACAUAAACGACACGGACAAAAUGAUAGCAAGUGGGGCUGCAUUUGCGCGUAAGUUUAAACAAGAUAGUCUUGUUUUGGAUAGAAUCGACCGUGAGUUGCUACAUCGUAAGAAUGGUAGCUUCACCCCGGGUGGGUGGUGCAAAGGUGACCCGUCUUGCACCAAAGUUGGGAAACCGACGUGGGUCAAACCAGGCCCGGGUGCCCAACGGCUUAGUCGGCUUAUAGGGAAGUUACUUCAAGCACCUAAGUUUAAUGAAAGUCAAUGUCGAUAGAUUUUAUGUAGUAGAAUUAGAACAUACAUAUGGUUAUAUAGAGUUUUUGCUUGUGGAUCAAAGGAUUAACUUGAUUAACCUGUAAUUUGCAAGCUGAACAGUGAACAUCUUGUAAGUGACAUCUUCUGUUGUAGUUUAACUUUCGGUUAAUUCGUCACAUGUACAUUAUGCAGCAGGAGAUGUACAUUGUUUCGUUUCGAGAUUAUAUUCAAUAAUAAGCUAAGCACAGGUUGCCGCC